UUUUUGUAAACCGGUAUUUUUAUUGUAGUUGUGUUUAUUUUUACUAAUUUGUGUUCAUUUUAACUAAAUAACUGUUUUUCUGGUUAUUGUCACUUGCUCAAUGCUCCCGGAACAAAAAGACUUGAUUUACAAAUACUUUCCGCAGCUAGUUCAGGAAUGCGAUUUGGAACACGUUUUAGAAUAUCUUAUAAAAAAAGGCGAUUUAAACAGUGAAUUCUUAGACGAAGUGGCAUUUGAAGAUGACACUUUUCACAAAAAUCGUCAAAUUCUCUUUAAAUUACUCAGACUGGAGAAAUAUAACGCUUUUCCUGGACUAAUCGAAGGUUUAAGACGCACCAAAUUCACUCACCUUGCAAAUGCCCUUGAAAACCGGCUAGAAACAAUAAUUAAAAAUAAUGAUCUGCACCCCCUUGACGUCAACGUCGACGUGAAAUUCUCCACCCAGUUUUACGAUGUGGCCAAAUACAAUAAGACCGGAUUCUAUACAACCCGAUCAAAAAAUCGGGGCCACGUUCUCAUAAUCAACAACAUCAAGUUUUCUCAGGGACAUGAUGAAAGACACGGGGCGGACACCGACGAGCGUAAUCUCAGGGAACUUUUUGAGAAAAUGGGUCUUUCCGUUUUUUCCCACACAAAUCUCACUGCUCAUGACAUGUAUUACCAGACAAAAGAAUUUGCUCAUAAUGUACCUCUAACUAAACCAGACAUAGGAAUUGUGAUAAUUAUGAGUCACGGCAUGGUGAUUAACAACGAAGCUAUGAUUGUCAGUAGCGAUAAUAAAUGCGUCCCUGAAGAUGAUUUCAGGGCCAUGUUUAAUAACGAAAAUUGCCCUCUAUUUAAGAAGAAGCCGAAAAUUUUUAUUUACCAUAUUUGUAGGACGGUUUUUACCGAGCCUGUGACUCAAGAGACCAUGACUGAUGCAAUUUUGAAGCAGGCACAACGAACAUAUAGUGAUAUGUUGAUUUGUCAUCCGUCCGUUAAAGGAUACUCAGCGCAUAGGAACAGUAUUAAGGGAUCUUGGUACAUUCAGCUCUUGUGUAAAGUAUUUAUGGAGAAUGCUCAUGACAUGGAUAUGGAAUCUUUGUUGCGGAAAGUAGAUGAGGAGUUGGAAAUUGUGUCUUCCAUGCCUUGGGAAAUGAGUGGCGAAGGGCAAAGCACUCAACAAACUUCCACUUUCCAGAAUAUUGGGUUUAAGAAGUGUUACUUACACCCUGGGGUGUACGAAGACAACGGGAAAAUGAUGCAUUUUGAAGAUAAAUAGGAAGGUUAAUGUGCAAUUAACAUUCCGUGCAAUAAUUAAGUGCAAUUAUUAUUACUUACUUUAAUUAAAAUAAAGUCAUUUUUACGAA